AUGCAUGGAAAGGGUUGAAUUGAAUUUUACUCUAGUCAUGUCUUCACCAAGUAUCUGAUAAAGCAUUAAUAACCCUUGUACACGCGACGUAAUAAAUUCUGUCCCUAACAACAAAAUCUUGAAAUAUUACCAAGAACAAUAUUCCCCAUGCGGCCAUGUCCACUAACCACAGUAACACAGAUCUAACUCGCACCAAAUUUGGCCAUAGUUGGGACGGCUGAAUCUGCUUUUUUCUCCGACAUCUUUGAGGACAAAAAAAUCUCGCAAUACAGCGGAAGAUACUUAAAACAAGGCCUGAGAUUUCUCCGGUUUUCAUGUCUAAAAAAUUUGCAGAGUUAAUAUUAAAGAAUCCUAAGCUACAACACAAGAAGUAUCCAUGCUUCUACGUCCGUGUUUGUCUUUUUCCUCACGUUACAUUGUUCCCUUCACCUAAUUAAGCGCACCCGAAGUUGCCACUCUCCUUCUCAUUCCCUGGUGCUAUAUAUAAAUAGCACCCCAGCUCCAUCCUCCCGACCAGUAAAAGCAAAACCCUACAUCCUGGUAAUUAAUCCUGCGUUUUUUUUUUGAAAUAAGCUAUAGUUUCCAUUCGGCGAAUUUAAUCAAGGGAAAAAGCUAGCCAAUGGCUUCAUCUUCAUCACCCAGACUUGCUUCAUAUUCUUGUGAGAGGCGACCGCGGUUGCUCAAAGAUUUUCUCACAGAUGAUUCAGCACCGUCGUGUUCUUCAAAUGGCCGUUUCAUGAAUUCGUUUCACAAGAAUUCAUCCAAUACUCAGCUACUCAGAAGUCGUUCGAAAGCCACUUCUAUUUCAAUCUCUGCCAUCCACAAGGCUUCAGAAAUGGUGAUAAAUGCCAUUAAGUUUUUACCGUUUGCUUCCAUGGUGAAAUCUCAUUCCAUUUUACCAAGAAGCAUUUCGCGCAAGCUAUCCAGAAGCAGGGAUCAUAAAGACAGUAAACUUGCUCCUGUUGUUCCUGGGGCUGAAGAGGUCUCAGUGGCUACACCCAAAAUCAAGGACAUUUUACGAUGGAAAUCAUUCAGGGACGUGGUGGAAGAACUUUCAACCAGCUGGUAUGAGAGGGAUUUUACUGCUGAAGAUUUACCUUCAUGGGGUGGUGAUCAAAAUACUGAGUUCAUGGACCACAACAGGAAAAAAAUGGAGGGGCAAUUUUCAAUUGAUGAGAACGAGCUACACAGCCCAGUUUCAGUUCUUGAUAACUCACCAUUUCGCGAAGAUGGAGGAUUCGUUUCUUUCUUCAAUCGAAGCAUUGAUACCAUGGAAAGGAGGAAAUGUAUACUUAUGCAAAGGAUCGAAGAGUUUGAAAGUCUUGCUAAACUGGAGACCUUUGACUUGGAGGAAGGACUUGCCACCGAAGAAGAUUCCAUAGCCGAAGAAUUGGAUGAAGAAUCAAAUGCAGUGGAAGCAAAGGCCAGGGAAUUACUGAGCCAAGUCAAAGCAACUGCCUCCUCGGCCAAGAGAUUUGAAGCUGAUGAAAACCAUCUAUUACUGGAUUUCUUUAGGCAUGAAUUGGCUGUUACUACAAGCAAAAGGCAAGAAGAUGCUGAACCAGCUGGUUAUGAACUUCUGAGACUAGCAAAAUCUUGGAUAGGCAGGGAACAUUGCGAUGGUACAUUUGAUUGGGAGAAGGCAGAGGCCUCUCUUAGGGAUGUGGAAAAUGGACUCAGAUGGGACAAGUUUGAUGAGGAGCAGCAAGAGCUCGGCCGUGAGCUGGAGAUUCAUGUCUUGAAUUAUCUGUUGGAUGAGCUUCUUUCUGAUCUUGUAAUUCAGUUGAGCUCAGGCAAACAAUUUUAAAAUGAAAAACCUUUAAUAGGACAUAAAACCAAAAUUAGAUGCCAGGGGAUUGUAAGAUGCUGAAUCAAAUAAGUUCAGAAUUUUAUUUCCCCUUUUGA